AUGAUGCGAAUGUUGAGCGGCGGAGCAUCCGCCUCUGUCCAGGCAGUCGGUGCAGGCACGAUCGCUGAUCUUUGGGAAACCCACGAGCGGGGACGUGCCAUGAGUAUCUUCUAUCUAGGCCCGCUAUGCGGACCACUACUGGCCCCAAUUAUUGGAGGUGCACUGGCUCAAAGAUGGGGCUGGAGGAGCACCUUGUGGUUCCUUGCCGUAUACGGGGCAAUCACUGUCAUUUUCAUAUGCCUCGCUCUUCCUGAGACCCUAGUGACGUCGAAGACUCCUAACACGGAUGAGGAGCAACAGGAAGCCGUUGGGCGUCAGCUGAGCCGAGUGUCUUCCCGGCAGGUGGUGCAGUUCACCACCAAGUGGCUGAGAAUCCUCAAGAUGGUGUUUAUUGACCCCCUCAAGAUCGUCCUCUACCUACGAUAUCCGCCUGUAUUUCUGACUGUGUACUAUGCAAGCAUUACAUUUGGCUCGCUCUAUGUAUUGAACGUGAGUAUUGAGCAUACCUUUGGAAGCAGUCCCUAUAACUUUUCUACGAUCAUUGUUGGUCUUCUUUACAUCCCAAACUCUGUGGGAUACAUGGUAGCGAGCUCGUUUGGCGGGCGAUGGAUGGACGAAAUCAUGCAACGCGAAGCCCGAAAGGCGGAGAGAUACGAUGAUAAUGGCAAACUGAUAUAUCAUCCCGAGGACCGUAUGCGGGAGAAUGCCUGGCUCGGUGCUUUGCUUUAUCCCGCGGCGUUAAUCUGGUAUGGAUGGACUGCGGAUCGCGGGGUGUUUUGGCUUGCACCGAUGAUUGCCAACUUCUUUUUCGGCAUUGGGUCGAUGCUUAUUUUUAGUAUGGCAACGACGAUGUUGACGGAAUUUAUGCCCAAGAAAUCGUCUGCAGGGGUUGCCUUAAACAAUUUUAUGCGGAACAUCUUCUCGUGUGUUGGGUCCCUGGUUACGGCCCCAAUCAUCGAUGCAAUCGGAAACGGGUGGCUUUUUACGAUUCUUGGGUUGGUGGCCUUCGCUAGCAGCUCUGUUCUCUUCGCCAUGAAGAUCUUUGGGCCUCGUUGGAGAAAAUCAAUGGAUGCGCUAAGCCAUUGA